CCACCUUUCUCUGUCUUCUUUUUGCCGCUCUCGUGCACAUGCGCUCUCCAAACGUUCGUACGCAAGGGGUACACCCUCGACGCGUGGGCCGCUUUUGGUGUCCGUCCGACUCUCUUUCCACUGCGUCCACCAGCUUUUUCUCUGACAGUCUUCCCGCCGCGUCACCUCUGUCUCGGCCUUCUUCAGGCCGUCGUCCGUCUCUUACAAGCGUUUCACGCGGAGAGCUGCGCGCGAGGUUCCCCCGCCGCGGAUAGCUCUUUUCUAACCUGUGCCGCCUUCCUUGUCUCUCCUCUUGUCUCUCACGCCCCCGAGAAAUCGACUUGCGCAUACAAAUGCUGUACACCAGGGUUUUCUUCCGUGCAGUGGUUCGGACAGACUUCGGUGAACGAGUCGCCGUCGUCGGGUCUUCCCCGUCUCUGGGGAAUUGGCAGGCUGAACACGGCCAUGAGCUGACCACAAACGAGGAUGUCUUCCCUUCGUGGUUCUCCAAGGAGCCUGUCUACUUGCCGCUAAAGAAACCCAUAUCUUACAAAUAUGUUGUUCUCGACGAACGCGGCGACAUCGUGAGGUGGGAAGAAUGCGAGGGAAAUCGCGAGUUGGUGCCCACGGGCUUGGAGAUGACGGUGGAGGAUGACGAUGGCCUUUUUAGGGAGCAGAUGACGAAUCGCGGCGACCACGGAGUCGAAGGCGAUGACGACGUGUCUGUGGCGGCUCUGGACAAGGAGGAGGUGGACGCGCGCAACCGGAUGCUGGCGAUUCAAGAAGAAGAGCCUGAGUUCGACGAGAACGACAGCGUAAUUGUGUGUGCUCUUGACUUGCCUCUGCGCGUGGUGCGUGUCUCGCCGUCUCGUGAGGCUUCUCCGCUGCCCUCCUCUCUGCCCGCGUCGUCGACCGACUCUUCCGGCCAAACAGAAAAGCGCGCGGUUUCAUUCCCGGAAGACGCGGGCGCGAGUGCCCGGCGCUCGAGUUCGACCGUCGCGGCGACUCGGGAGGAGGAAACGACUCGCACUGCGAGUUCCUUUCCACAAGUCGAAGAGACGGCGGAGAGAGGACGCGACAGCUCUCUCGCUCUUUGGCCUGGCGCAGCGCGCGACGCUGCUGGCGACUUCGGGGAGGCGCUUCAGCCGCGCGCGACGCGCAGCCGACGAGGCACCUUUGAAGUGAGGCCGAGCAAGAGCGCGUUGUUGCCUUCGCUGUUUCACCUGAGGAAGAAGACGCGGCUGCCUGUGCGUUUCGUCGGGUGGCCGGGCAUCCACGUCGAGAACGAAGAGGAGCAGGCGGAGAUUGCGGAGCUGCUGCGAGCCUACGACUGUUCGCCGAUCUUCCCAGACAAAGACGAGUUCGACUGCCAUCUCACCUUCUGCCAUCAGGUCCUGUGGCCGCUGUUUCACAACGUCGUCGUCCUUGACUCCAAUACCCAGGUCCCGUUCGACUCCGACCUCUGGGCCAAGUACCAGGCUGUGAACAAACUGUGGGCAGACGCGGUGCUCCGCCAGGCGCACGAAACCGACAUGGUCUGGGUCCACGACUACCACCUGCUCCUCGCGCCCAUGCACAUCACGCGGAAAGUCCGACGCGCCAACGUCGGCUUCUUUCUUCACAUCCCCUUCCCCUCUUCCGAAAUCUUCAGGUGUCUCCCUUGCCGAGAAGACAUUUUGCGAGGGAUGCUGUGCGCGGACUUGAUUGGGUUUCACCUCUUCGAGUACGCGCGCCACUUUCUGGUCGCAUGCAAGCGGCUGCUCGGCCUCGAGCACCAUUUUUGUCGAGGGGGCAUUCUGAACAUCGAGUACGGCGGCCGCAACGUCUCGGUCCGCAUCGGCCAUGUCCACAUUCAGUACGCCGACAUUCGCUCGAAAAUCGAGGCAAACCCGGUGGUUCUGCAGAUGGCGCGAGACAUCAGACAAAAACACGUCGGAAAAUUCAUCUUCGUCUCCGUGGACCGCUGCGAGAAAUUGGCCGGUCUCCUCCUCAAAGUUCGCGCCUUCCAGGCGUUUCUCGUGACCUACUCUUAUGCCAGGGGAAAUGUCGUUCUCAUUCAGUACGCGUAUCCUACCAUCAAAUACGCAGAAGACACAGAAACCAUGGCGACGGAACUCAAAGAGCUCGUGGAGAAAGUCAAUGCCCAGUUCGCCUUGCCAGAUCGCCCAGAUUUCCAACAUAUCGAACUCCACAUCCAGCCGGUCGGCUGGGAGGAGAAGUGGGCGUUGUUUACCGCGGGCGACUGCUUCCUUGACACAUCGAUCCGAGAUGGCCUGAAUCUCAAUCCGUUCGAGUUUAUCUGUUGCCACAAAGACAACGUCACCGGUGUGAUUUUAUCAGAGUUCACGGGGUGCAGCAGAGCCCUCGCCUCGGCCAUUCGCGUCAAUCCUUGGAAGGUGGAGGCGGUGGCAGAUGCGAUGGACAGAAUCAUCAACAUGCCUGUGGAGGAGCAGCGCGACCGGUUCACCCGCGACCGCGACUACUUGAGUCACAACAGUACGCAGAAGUGGGCAGACGAAAACAUUCUGGAUCUGCGACGAGCCCGGAAACCAGACGACUUCGUCUACGUCUCUUGGGGUCUCGGCAACACCUUCCGCGUCCUAGGCAUGGACUCCAACUUCCGGUUUCUGGACACAAAUCAAGUGGUGCGAGGCUACCGAACUUCUCGACAUCGCGUCUUCUUCUUCGACUGCGAAGGCACACUCGCGCCGGACAGACGCCGAAUCACUUUUGUACCUGGCGGCGAAAAUCUUUUUGCGCAAGGUCGCCCGCCUUCGCCGCAAGUCAAGGACUGUCUCCAGGCGCUUGUCGACGACCAAAGAAACACUGUUGUCAUUCUCUCGGGACGCGACAGACACCUCCUAGAGGAAUGGUUCUCUUCCAUCAGAGGCAUUGGACUUUGUGCCGAACACGGUUUUUACUACCGGGUUCCGGGCAUCACGGGGGACCAGUGGCACUGCAUGUCUCGUCAAACAGACUUCACGUGGAAGCAAGUGGCGAUCGAGCUGAUGCUGCAGUAUGUGAAGCGAACUCAGGGCUCAUUCAUCGAAAACAAAGGAAGUGCUCUCGUCUUCCAGUACCGCGACGCAGAUCCGGAUUUCGGCAGCAUGCAAGCCAAGGAUCUCUCGAACUACCUCGGGGAACUGCUCUUCGGCUAUCCUGUCUCGGUCAUGAGCGGGAAAGGCUACGUGGAAGUGAAACUGCGAGGUGUCAACAAAGGGCAUGCAGUCGAGAAAGUUCUGCGGAAACUCAGCAACCUCCACGGAGACGUCGACUUCGUUCUCUGCGUCGGAGAUGACAGAAGCGACGAAGACAUGUUCGCGGUCAUCAACGCCAUGACGGAAGACGGGGACCAGCUGUGCCUGCCAGAGGGCAGCGGCGCCGGGAGCAGCGGCCUCUAUCGCCACACACAGUCGAAGGAUCGAAUUCCUAGACGCAACUCUGUCUCUUCGGAUGAGAACCGAGCAGAAGCUGUCGUUGGAAACGUGGAGGGACUCAUGAAGCGUGACGGGUCGAUGCAGCAUGCGGGGGCGCUCGGCAGCGGCUUGACCUCUGCGUCUUCCAGCACAAGUCUCAGUGGGCACACAAAGAAAACGAGUCCUCACUUUUUCACAUGCACCGUCGGCAAGAAGCCGUCCAACGCUCGGUAUUACCUCAACGACACUGAGGAUGUCUCCGAUCUCCUCGACUCUCUGCAGCAGUGCACUGAGAAGGACGGGAAGGAGCAGUGGAGUUCGUCGAAGGACGCGAGUUGCCUCUCGGCGCCAGUCGUGGCGGCCGCGGCGGCUGCGGGCUCGCUCGCGGGGAACGCGGCGGUGCAGCUGAGGAAAGGCGACAGCGCAGGUUCGAACUUUGCGAGUCUGUGGAGAUCGCCUCUGGGAUCAGGAGCAGGUCGCACGAGAGAACGAACGCUCGCGCAGUGGGCGGGGCAGGCGCCGAGCGCCAUCUUCAGUCGCCCCGUCGGUGCCGUUGAAGUUCGCGCCAACGCAGCUGGCAGCACAGAUCGCCCAACAGACGAGUAGAACGAGAUAGGCGAAAGCUCUUGUACAGAGAGAGGAACAGUUCGGCCUCCGAGGAGACGAGCGUAGGAACUCGAAGAGGAAGAAGGAGGUGGAGGCGCAAGUGGAACGGAAGAAGGCAGGUGGUGUGUGCGGUCUGGCGAGAAACACCGUCGAGAGGGAGGAGAGAAACGGAAGGAUAUACGAGAGCGAUGAAGACAGGGAAAGGAGAAGGCACUGCGUGAGAGCGAAGGAACCUUGAAAGGGGGAGUUGGAGAGACACUGGCAGAGAGAAAAGGGAGACGCGGAUCUCCAGAGAAUGGGUUCUCUGUAAGACUGCGAGCCGACCAAAGAUACGCAAGUCGAUUGAGAGGGGCAGAAGGCAGACGGCGAGGAAAGAAGGUGGGUGGCAAACACGAGAGUGCUCCGAGGAAAAACGCGAUGAAGGAGCAGCUGCGUGAACGAGCGCGUUUCAGCACAGUGCUUACCACCUUACUUUUGUGGUCCGAUGCUGCUGGGGCCGGGGAGGGAAAUCGAGAAAUAGCAAAUGUUCGCGACUUGCGGGCAAGAUGAGGGGAGAACAGUGACGAUUCGGCUAUAUUAGGUAACGGAAAAGGUCGGAGACGUGGACUCUGGGCUUUCUCGACAGCUGAGCAACACCAACAAGCGCGCUUUUCACGUUCACCGUACCUAGCACACACUGGACGCACAGUGGAAGGCGACAGAGAGAGUCGCAGCGAAGGGAAUCCUGAAGUUCUUGAAGGAAUCGAGCAGUAACUUCCGCGGAAGCGAUACGGGGGUGACGGUAGGACGACUAAACAACACACGCUGGAAGUCCUUUUUAGAGAAAGAAACGGGGGGGGGGGGGAGAGAAGGAAGCGGCAGCGCUGAAGGGAAGAUAAGCGGAGCUCACUGCGAGAAAAACAAAUCAGGGAAGAACAGCUUUCUUCCGUCCAAGACUUUUUUCCGACCAUUUCUGUGUCUUGUUCGUCUCGUCUCUCUUCGAACUCCGUCUGUCUCCAUAUGAGUCACCUUGGCGCGGGUGGGUGCGGCUGUCUGGCUGCAUGCGAAUUCUUGAAAACUGAGUGCGAGGGCGGAAUCAGCGAAGACUUUGAUUUCGCGUGGGUUUUUUCUCUUUGCCGAGUGAGGCAGUUUGAGAUGUUUUCAAGCAGAGAGAACGAGGCAUGUGCGUGUGUCUCCCGGCUUCCUUCAUCGAGAAUCGUGGCGUUUGCUGUCGCGUGGCGGCAUCUGAACAGCUUUUCGCCAGUUUUCUACAAAGGAAAAUGUCUUUGUCCGCUAUGCGAACGGGCGUCGUGCCUGCAGUUCCCGGCUUUCAGGGAACACGUGUAGACUUUCUACUUUUACGAGGAAUCCCCCGGGGUCCGAGAGAAUGAACAUUCGUGUAGAGGAAACAUGCUUUGCGGCCGUUCAUGGUGCCGAUCGCAGGCCGUGGUGGAAGCAAGAAAUCUCCACACAGGCAAUAGUGAGUAACAAAUGCACAUUCGCUUUUGUUGUGACCGUCUCGUCAUAGAUGAUAUGGGGCGUUUGCAUGCGCGUGGCUCGCGAUACUGUCUACGCCUGUUUUCUUCGGGACCAGCUCCGCGUAGCGAAAAAACGAGAACCUGUGCGCUCGCGGAAAAACGAAGUGGUUCCGCACCGAGUGUACGCUUCUGUGGGUGCUAAGCAGACACAGGUCGGUGUGGUUUUUCGUUUUGUGUAGAAUCCUGCUGCUUCCACCCGCUGGAUAACAUCUUGAACGCAACUUUGUCUCGAAGAAAAAGGCAAUUCACCACUGGAGAGCGC